UACCAUGGCGGACAGAAGUUGGUGUUAUGUGUAUGGAUAAUAAUUUGCUAAAUGUUUCUCCAUGAAGCCCCGCUAACGCCUAUAGCUAUGGCUAAAAGUGAUAUAUUUGAUACAGAUUCCAGUGAUGAAGAUCAGAAGAAGAUAGACGACUGGGAGGAAUCUGACAAUGACAAGUUUAUCCACAGUGGGCAUUUUAUGUUGAGCCGAGUCCAUGGGUAUGACGACGAAAAAACAAUUUCCGACCAGCCCGUUCCCCCUGUCUCGAAGGCUUCAGGGGGUUAUGACUUUGCCACUGCUAGUCGGGAACCUCAGCAAACAUACAAUUUUGGUGAUGGAACCCUUCAUGGGAUCUGCUUUACAAUCGACGAUUCUUUCACCAAGCUGUUUGAAUGCAUGACCCUAGCUUACAGUGGAAAGCUGUGUUCACCAAAAUUCAAGAAUUUCCGUGGACUGAAACUACGUUUAAAAGAUAAAUUGAGACUAAAUAAUAUCAUCUGGAGAGAAUGGCAUAUGCAAUAUGUAAAGGGUCAGUUCCCAGUGGUCUGCCAGUUUGCCACUCCUGUAUCAGAUGAUACCCACAUAAGGCCAGAGGCAGUUGUGCUGGAAGGCAAAUACUGGAAAAGGAAGUUAGAAGUUGUAACAGCAGAAUACAAAAAAUGGCGUGUUUUCUACAAGCACCGCCUUAAAUGCAGGCCACCAACAUCAGACAUACAUUUGCCUUCUCAUGCUGACCUCCUGCAACGUGUGGCAGAACAAGAUUCAUUCCGUUUUGCCAACACUCUGCAGCCCCCUAGGUCACCCCAGAUGAAUGAUGAUGACUUCUAUAUGGACUUCACGGAUACCUUGUUUUCUAGCCUUAACAUGCCCUUUGCUUUCCCAAAUCCAAAAGAAAUGGGAUUGCUGGGUAAUGCUGACUUCAUCCAGCCUGGUUUGAUACAGUUGCAGCCAGCAUUGGAAGAUUUCAUGGACACCUUGGAGCCUUUACAAGACAUCAUCACGUCCCUGCAUAAGCCAAUGUCCAGCCCUAACUUGACCACAUCCCAGUCACCACUGCCCACUAUUGACAUGAACAGUGCAGCAGGUGUUCUCAGAAACCAGAUGUUCAGUCAGCCAGUCCCAGAAGGUGACGGAAUGCCAAUGACAGAUGACAUGAGUCUGUUGACAGCUCUGGAGCAGACAUCACAGACACUUAACCAGCAGCAACAAUUGCAAUUGCAAGACCAGGGACUGUCCUUAACUGGGAAUGUGACUAUUUUAACACCAUCUUUUUCACAGCAGCAGCAGCAGAGAGACAUUGGGUUAGAUAAUGUUGGUGUAAAUUUACAAUUGCAAUAUGAUAACCAGGCAGCAGCAAACUUGCAACAGAUUCAGACAGUGGCAAGUCAGAAUGACAGUACAAAGGCCAAGGUGAAUUAUAGAACCACUAAUUUGCAAAAUGAUCUGGAUAGCAGCCUUCCAAUUUCGGUGCAUCCUGAACGACUCAGUCAGCAGCAACAAGUACAACAACAACAACAACAACAAACACAGCAACAGCCUCUGCGAAGUUUUCUGGUAAAAUUGAAUGAUACCCAACCAACUGGAAAAUUACCUAUCAACAAGAUACAGACUCGUGUUGUGCAGAAGCCACCAGUAUCUGCUCAGAGCAUUUUAAAUUCACAGAAACCAGCCAAAACCAAGAAAGCCAGUGCAACUGUUACUUUUGCAAGCCAGCAACACCAAAAGCCACAGCAGCAGCCUGUUGCCAAAAAAGAUGGAGACUUUGUUGUGCCAAAGGGAAAACCAACUUUUAAUCGUGCUAAACCAAGAACUAUUGUCCCAGCUCCGACUGUCCCACCAGCAGCUACUAUUGCCAUGACAACGCAGCCCUCUGGAACUUCCAUUACACAGCAGAAUACAUUUCUGGCACAGCUCUUAACAACAGGGGACAUUUCAGGGACUUAUCCUGGUGCCAACAUCACCAUGAAGACAGAGACCCCUGCAUCUUGCGGAGGGAAGAUGUUCACACCCAUAAGACCUGCACCACCGGUGUCCACCACCGCCGUCACCACAAAUAGCAUGUCUAUGAUUGCUGCAGUUGCUAGUCUGGAAAACAGCAGUAUGAGUAGCCCUCUAAGCCUUCAGAAGAAUCCCCUGCUGGGCACUGUGACCUCCUUACCUGGUUCUAGUUUGUCAUCUGGAGAUUACACAGCAUUAUCUAACUCCCCAGAAUAUAAAUACAAUGCAGAUUCCCCACCUGGUUACCUGACUGCUUCAGCUAGUCCUGACUCAGAUGUGCCGUCCCCUGGUAAGGCAUUCAGACCUAAGAAUGAGGAUGAACGCCAGCAGUACAAGGAACAUAGGAGAGUGUCCCAUAUUUCAGCAGAACAAAAAAGACGGGGGAAUAUAAAGCAGGGUGGAUUCGAUGUCUUGCAUACCCUAAUUCCUGCACUCAUACAGAACCCAAAUGCUAAAAUAAGCAAGGCACAGAUGCUGCAGAAGACUGCUGAGUACUGUAAAAAGUUGAAAUCUGACAGAAAGCAGAUGCAAGAUGAGGCAGAAAUCCUGAGGCAGGAAAUUGAAUCCCUCAACUCUGCUAUCAACACAUGCCAGUCCCAGCUACCAGCAACUGGAGCCCCCGUCACAAGACAGAGAGCAGACCAGAUGAGGGAAAUGUUUGAUGAAUAUGUGCGCAGUAGAACACUUCAGAACUGGAAAUUUUGGAUUUUCAGUACAAUAAUCCGCCCAUUGUUUGACUCCUACAAUAACAUGGUGUCCACAGCCAGUGCUGAGGAGCUGUGUCGGACUGUGUUGGCUUGGCUUGACCAGCAUUGUUCACUGGUAGCUCUCAGACCAGGUGUUCUGAACUCAUUGCGCCAGCUGAGUACAUCAACAUCCAUACUGUCAGACCCCUCCCGUGUACCAGAGCAGGCACAAGCUGCAGUUGGCAAGAAACCAGGCUGAGACUCCUUCCAUAAAGCUGGUACUUAAAACUGUUAAUAAGACAAAAGUUUCAUCGGGAAUGAAAAAGCUGAACCAAGCUUAGGCAUGUUGAUAUAACAAAGGGGAAAGUAUUAUAUUUCGGCGUCCCAGAACUCUAUAAUGAUUGAAAUUGAAACAGGAAGAUCAUAUAAAAGCUUUAAUGUUAUGAAGCAAUAAUGUAUUGCCAGGCCAGAGAUACUUGGGUGCUAUUUGUGUACAAAGUUUUCAUCAUCGUUAUCAUUGGCUGUCACUCAUUAAGAGUAUUUCAACUGCAACAUGGGGAUGAGCCCAAUGUGGGCAGCACAGGAUCUUCCACGGUCUUGGCAUGGAAUUGAUGUUGAGUGGUCCUGUCACUGUCAGCAGUAGGCCCAUGUACUUCACUGUUACUGUAUUGAACUGUUUCUCUCUCUCUCUCUCUUUCUCUAAACAUUGUUCAAUAGCCCAGAUAGAACAGUUUUUAACUUCUUUCUCCCAGGAAUUGAUAAAAUUGGCAGUUGACAAGUGGCAUAUAAUGCAGUCUUUGUAGCAAAGCAUUGGCCGUCAGACCUUUCUUUUUCUUGCUGUAGUUCAUCAUAGAAGACAGCUUUAAGGAAUCUGGAGUCAUCCAUACAAAUAAUGUGACCUGUCCGGCGGAGUUGGUAUGUGGUCAGCAGAACUUUAACACUUGGCAAGUUAGCAUGUUUUCUGACUUCCACGUUGGUGUUAAGCAUUUGUCUCAGAUGGCCAUGUGAACACUUUUAGAGUUUUCACAUGCACUGUCUGUAGAGUGUGUUAGUUUUUGACAAGUGGAGAAGACAAGUGAGUUCUACAGCAUGGCAGACCUUGCAUUUUGAUUAUAGAGAGGGUCGUUUCUGCACAGUGGUUUAGAGUUUGCCAAAUGCUGUAGCAACAGAACUGAUUCUUCGCUCAAUUUCAAAAUAAACCAUUGAGAAUUUACAUAUUUAUUUCAAACUUAUUCUUGUGAAUUGGGUGUUCUAUUGCAUGGAAUUUUGUAGAUAGAACAUCUGCCUCACUUAAUGCCUGAUUAUAUAUUUAUUAUGGUUCAAUAUACAAGAAGGAAGAAAGAUGAUACAUAAGGUUAAAUUUUUGUUAUUGUUUAUUAUAAUUUUUAGUAUGAAUAUAUAUAUUAUAUACACUUUGUUAUUGCUUUGAUAAGGUGCCCAUGGCACUGCAAAUGUGGAUAUGGGCAUUGAUCUCCAUGAAAAUUAUGUUUACAAGGUUUGUAAAUUGUUUUAAGACAGGAUGAAUUGAAUUGUAAACUCUUAGGAUCAGCUUUGUAAUUUUUGAACUGUAAAGAACUGAGGUCUAAGAUUCAGACUUCUAUCAUUUUAAAUUGCUGAAUGGUGCUUGAUGGCAGCCAUGUGCUUUUCUCAGGUAUGAAUAGAAGUUUUGAAACAUAUAAUACUACAGGCAUGCUCUUAUAUGGUAAAAACAACAACACAGACCAGCAUAACACUGGAACUUAAGACACAAGAAAAAGCUAAUUUAGAUACUUCAGGUUUGUCAGGUAUAAUUUUAAAUAAGAUGAGCAGUAGAAACAAUUAUUUCGGUGAGUAUGCAUUUGCUGACCUGUGCUGUCAUAACAUGCUCAUAAAAAUUGUGAUCAUUACAUAUGGUUUACUAAAAUUCUUUGGUGGUAAAAAUGAAAAGUGGCCUGUACUUCUGUAAUCCUAAUCUAGAUUUGCCUUAAAUGUCAGCACAUUUUUAAACACUUGAUUUGCUGAAAAGUUCUUCACCAUGUUUACAGCCUUAAGACUAAUACAUAUGAUGAAUAAGUGUUAAAAAAAACAUAAACAAGAUAUAAUUUUUUAUUGUCUGUUCGUAAAUGUGCAUGUAACAUUAAUAGGUUAAAGCAAUUCUCUGAUCUUGCUAGGUUUUUAUCACACCUUUUCAAGCUGUAAAUGUCAUCUUUUCAGAAUGAAACUGUAAUUAAGAGGUGAAUUUACCAAAUAAUUAUGCUUGCAUUGAAUGUAAGUUAUUUCUGGUGUUUGUGUAACAUGAUUAUUUGAUUCGCAGGGAGUAUAUUAACAAGCUUCAUAAUUUUGUAGAAGAAUGUGUUCACAGAUUUUCAUUUUUUUAAAUAUAUGAGUAUUUUCUGACAAUAUUGUAUAUAGAUAAUUUAAAUGCACGUGAAAGUCAGUGGUGGAGAAUAAAGAACAUUUAAAAGCAAUAUAAACAUCUCUUUGGGUGAAUUUUCACACUGACAAAUUUGCAGCAAUUGUUAUAGAAUAACACAAGAGUUAAAAGAUUUGAA